AUGUUCUUCCCGAUACUACAAAAACUAUCAACUUACUACUUUGAUAACUUUUCGAAAAAGGCUUUGGAUUCGUCUUCCCCUGCCAGACUAAAGAAGAAUCGCAAGAAGCGCGGACACGUAUCUGCUGGACAUGGUCGCAUUGGCAAACACCGUAAGCAUCCUGGAGGCCGAGGUCUUGCAGGCGGUCAGCACCAUCACCGCACAAAUUUGGACAAAUUCCAUCCUGGUUACUUUGGUAAAGUCGGAAUGCGAUAUUUCCACAAGACCAAAAACCAGUACUACAACCCAACGCUGAAUCUUGACCGAUUGUGGACAUUGGUUUCGGAAGACACAAGACGUGCACAUGCCAAUAACAAAGAUGUCGCACCCGUUAUCGAUAUUUUGCAAUCGGGAUAUAGCAAACUUCUCGGAAAAGGCCGACUUCCUAACCAGCCUGUUAUAGUCAAGGCUAGAUCGGUAUCACGUCGUGCUGAGCAGAAAAUAAAGGCCGCUGGUGGUGUCGUCCACUUAAUUGCGUGA